AGAAAAGAUAGUAAACAUGGCAGAGUAAUCAAUUAGCGAUGUUCUCAGUGGAGCAUUUGCAGGAGUGUGUUUUAGACUUUUUGGUCAUCCUUUUGAGUAAAAUAUCUUUUAUAUUAAAGUACUAUAAAGGUGAGGAUGAUAAUGGGGAACUAAAAUAAAUCAAUAUUUAGAGUUGGUUUGAACAUCUAUAAAAAUGAAGGAGUAAUGAAUGAUUAUAGUUUAGUUUAAAGCUUAUUAUAAAGGAAUGUUAUCUCCAAUACUUGCUGAAGUACCUUGCAAUGCUGUAAUGUUUGCAGUUUAUGAAGCAGUAUAUCGUGAGCUUUGUCCUUAUCCAUACAGUAAUCAAGCUUAAAUUGUUCCCUGUAUUAUUUAUAAUAAAAGUAUGAUAGGGCUGAUUGCAGGAGGAGUGAGUGGAAUAGCAUAUGCUUUAGUAGUAUGUCCAGCUGAAAUGAUUAAAUGUUUACUNUUAAUUUAACUUCUGAUAUGA